AUCACUGCGACGUCCGAGCGGAAAAAGACAUUGGCCGGCCACACCCACUUCCGGGUCACUGGGAGGUCUGAGCCGGCUGAUUGAGUGGUGACAACGUGGACUACAGGAGGCGUGGCGGAGGAGGUGUCUGCCAUGUUGGAGGCUGUGGCUGGACUUUCCAGUGACAUGUGGAGAGAAGACAAGGAGAGGAGGUGACGGCAUCGCUGCUUAUGGCCAGAAUCAGCUUCUCCUGCUUGUUUCCUGGCUCCUGGCACUGCAGCCUGCCCUCGGUGACGCAGUUCUCCCGCCAGCGGGUGGUCCUCCUGGUCAUCCUCAUAGUCCUACUACUUCUCCUUCUGGUAGCCGUGAUAGACCCCCAAAUCUGGAGCCCCAGAACCUACCGGGACAAGCAGUUCAGGAGGAUUUCAAAAGAUCAGACUGGUAUGAACUCCAACACUCCAUUUUUGGACCCAUGUUUGCCCGUUGGCCACAAAGACCAGCUCCAGCGACAGAACCUGGACUUCCAUAUUCUAGGGAAAGGGGAUUGGGACGGCUGCCGGCAGCUACUCGAUCCGAUAUUGUCCAAAUCAGACGACUCUCAGGCCUAUCUGAAUGGAGUGUACCAGCCGGUGAUUGACUUCUCCAAUAGCGAGUUCUAUGGGUUUUCCGAGUUCUUUUACUGCACAGAGGAUGUGCUGCGUAUGGGGGGAAUGUACGACAGUCACAAGUUCUCCAAAGCUGCCAAGGAUUACUGCAGAAUGCCAUGGAACACUUUAACAGAGCGCUUUAAAAACAAUCUCUACUCCGCCCAUGCUGACCUGCACCGUCUGAAGUAUCAGUGUUUCAAGUCUGCCUGGGUGCAUAAAAUUCUCCAUGACGGUUUUCAUUUUCCACAUGACUAUUCAAACCUCAGGACUGCCCAGCUGGUAUAUGACAAGGAGGUUCAGUGGACGCUUGGUGCCAUCCUUUACAAGACCCGCUUCCUGCCUCUCAGGGAUAUUCGUCCGGAGAACGCUCGCCCGGCGCACGUGAGUUGGUAUCGCAUCUCCUUCGUUUACAACCACUAUUUAUUCUUCGCCUGCAUCCUGGUGGUCCUGCUCUCCAUCGUACUCUACAUCCUGCGACUCCGACGCAUCCACCGGCGAAUGGCGAGAGCCUCUGCUCUGGACUUGCUGCUGCUGGAGGAAGGAGGACACCUGGUGGCAGACUCUGGUAUUGCCAGAUGAGCCCAGCACAGUGUGUGUGACAAUCCGCACAUUCCGAUUGAUGCACCUUCAAUGCACACUUUUUACAGAC